UUUGGGGUUUUGGUCAGUUCAGGCCCAGGACCACCUUUAUGUUCAGGGUCUCAAGCCUUUUUGUAGCUUGUUCGUCUUCGAGUCUGCGACGCAGAGGAAGCCGGCGGGGGAAAACCAGAACCGCGAAACCCCAUUGACGGAGAGAUCUUAUUAAUAUUGCCCUUGAAAGAAGAAGCUAUGCCCCGAAGACCAACAAGACGCCUCCAUUUUCCGAAACCACAGCCUUUUGUUUUCUCUGCCUUUGGUCGUUCUGUCGCUGCCGCUACCUUCAAGCACAAGCGUCAAACCCACAACCCCAACUUCAAAGAAAAAGUUCUCUCCAAAUCCUCAGAUGAUGACAAGUUCUUGAAGCACUCUAUGAAAGAUGAGAUGGGAGUAUCUGAAUCUUCUGAUGAAGAAGAGCACAAUGAAAUCGUCCAAGCUGAUUUUGCAUUCUUUGAUCCAAAACCUGAUGACUUUCAUGGAGUGAAGAUCUUGCUGCUGAGCUACCUUGAUAACAAGCAGUGGGAUUUGAGUGGAUUUGUAGACUUGAUACUGGCACAGACCACAGUGGGGACAGUAGUUAAGUUAGAGGAUGCAGACGAUGAUGGGCUGUUCUCUGUUGUUACUGCUCUUAACAUGGGGCGAUAUAAGGAUCACAGAUGCAUUACAGAGCUCAACAAGUUUUUGAUUGAAGUAUGCCAAGAGAAGGAUGUAUUAAGUAAACUUAGAUUGAUUUUGGGAGAGGAAGCAUCAAAUGUUGGGCUAUUGGUUUCCCAGCGAGUGGCGAAUCUUCCUCCUCAGCUUUUGCCACCACUCUAUGAUGCCCUUUUUGAUGAAGCCUCAUGGGCAACAGAAGAUGAGCCAACAGAGGAGCUCCAGGAUUCCUUCCGCUUUAAGUUUUAUUUAGUGUUAACUAGAAUCUACAAGCAUAAGGAUGCCAACCGACAGAAGGGUAUAUCAAAAUAUUGCAGUGAUGAACCAAUAAUAUAUAUUAAGCCAGAAGAUGAAAUUUUUCAUAAGUUAAGCUCGUGGUCCUUCAAUUUUCCCCUUCAGACUCAGCAGAUGGCUACACAUGAGCUGAGGAAUUACAGGCUGACAGGACUUGUUAUGGCUGUGGAAGCAGACAAGAUUCCUACAUUUCGCAAGGACUUGAAAUCUCUAAUAAGUGAAUCUUGAGGCCAUCCCAAAGGUGUUGUGACGUGGGGUUUUUUCUGUUCAUUCCAGUCUCCGCACCUACCCCACCCCACCCCCCCCAAAAAAAAAAAAAGCUUCAAAUUUCAGUGUAUUCAUGACCGGUUGGACUAAUCUUAACAUUAUUUGACAUGUCUACUUCUCGGGUCCUGUUUAUGUAGCUUGACCGGCCCCACAUUUUGUAUGUUAAAGGGUCAACUAUGCUAAAUUUUGUUGAACCUGAGCUUCCCCCAAUCCUUCCUAAGGGCAGGGAGUUGGAUUUUCGUUUUUUUGGGAG